UUUUGGGCUUUGGAUGCCAAAAGCUUCAACUUUAACAGAGCACAUAUUACGUUGAGCCGAAACUUGGAGACAGUUUUCUCAAUUGCCAUUGAUAAUGGAAUAAUCCGGAAACUGGAAAACUUCAAAUUCCCAUCGUCAAUAUUUUCAGAAUAUUGGCAAAAAACGACAAACUUUUAACACUUUUGGCUAAGGCAUCCUGGCGCCAAUGGACGUGUAUACUACACGUCCAGUUUCCGAAUUUCCCAUUCGUAAUGAAUCACCCUGUAUAGAUUGGCGCAAAGUGACUGGGAAAAACCUCAACUGAUAUUUAAUUAACCAGAGACAAUAGAAGAAUCCAAUCCGGUAUUUGCCCGAAGAUUAAACAGGAAUUCUAUAUUAUCAAACUGGUCUAGUGGCGCCAAGUUAGGUACUUAAAAUGGCCGUUGAAAAUCCUGAAGAGCUCUAUAGACUAGCACAGGAGGAAUCAAGGAGUUUUGAGCAAAAAUGUGCAGAGCCAGCGCCCAAAAUUGGCAUCCGCCAUCUGCAGGUCUUCCUCUACUUCCUGGUGUGUUUCAUCGCGUUUGGGUUCAGAGUGGUUCUUUCCGUGGCCAUUGUUGCAAUGACUGACCCAAAAACCAACCCGAAUCCGGGUAUACCGACAUAUCCAGAGUGGAGGGACCAAAACGUGAUUCUUUCAGCGUUUUUCUGGGGGUACAUAAUUCCGCAGGUCUUUGCAGGAUGGGCCGCCAGGCGCUUCGGAGCCAAGUGGUUCCUUAUCGGCACCUUCGCGGUUAACUCCCUAUUAGGGCUUUCAAUUCCAAUGACCGCAGCUCACUUCGGCUCCAAAGGCGUGAUGUUGAGCAGAGCCGGCCAAGGCCUCUGCCAAGGCUUCAUCUACCCAUCCUUGACCCAUUUGCUCAGCCAAUGGGUGCCGACCCAAGAACGCUCUUCAUUGGGCACCAUCGUCUAUGCGGCUGGACCUUGCGGCACAAUUCUGGCAAUGUUCAUCACGGGGUUAAUCGCGGCCAGCCCUUACGGCUGGCCAAUGGCCUUCUAUUUCUAUGGUGUGCUAGGCAUCGCAUGGUGCAUUGUAAUGGGAAUUUUGGGACACGACCGUCCAAAGGUCCAUCCUUCGAUCAGCCAAACGGAAAAAUGGUAUAUUGAGAGCAGUUUGGGGCAUACCAAUGAGAGAACGCAACAUCCUACGCCGUGGAAAGCCAUCCUGAGCUCCGGACCCGUGUGGGCGCUCUUUAUAACGCAAACUGGGAACAACUACUGCUUUUGGACGUUAUUGACGCAAAUCCCCUCCUACAUGCACUAUGUCAUGGACUUCAACAUCAAAGAUAACAGCAUUUUGUCUUCCCUCCCCUAUUUAACCGUGUGGGUGCUCAGUUUUGCGGUUGGUUUCACAUCUGAUUGGAUCAUCAACAAAGGAAUCCUCACCAGGACGGUUUCCCGAAAGGUUUUCAACUCUUUAGGACUGUUUCUUCCCGCUCUAUCUUUGGUGGUUCUGAGCUACACCCGACCGGAUCAGCCCAUCCGAGCUGUGGCUCUUCUAGUGGCCGCGGUCGGAUCGAACGCUUUCCACUUUUCUGGCUUCAGCGUCAACCAUAUGGAUCUUUCGCCCAACCAUGCUGGGGUUGUAAUGGGACUGGUCAAUGGCUGCUCGCAAAUUACUGGGGUCGUUGCCCCAUUGGUUGUGCAGUUUGUUGUCACAACCCCGACUGAUCCUUUGCAAUGGCGAGUGGUGUUCCUGAUCGCGGCCGCUUUCAACGUGAUCACUGCCACAGUUUUCGAUGUCUUCGGCUCGGCCAAAGUGCAGCCUUGGAACGCGCCUGAAGAACCCCAAGAAAUUGAAAAGCGAGACGUUGUUGGCAAAUAAAUCGCGUCCAAUCUGCAAACAAUCGCCGGUUUUGAUGGUCAAGUGGCUUUAGGUCUUGAGUCAACAAUCCAAUCAGCGAAAAAAUGUGGUCUGUGAAUUGGUUACUCAUGUAAACGUUGUGGAAUCGACAAAUUUGCAACUUCAGCUCCAGUGGCUUCUACAGCAUCAACAUUUCCUUCAUUUCUUGCAGCAGGCCGGAGUAUUGGUGGCCUAGUUUCGCUCAAAUUUGUCAAGAAUUCGUCGAUUGUUUUGUUAUUAACUAUUGGAAAACAGGAACCAGUUGUUUUCUGCAAAAAUGCCUAAAAUUUCGAUCCAAACUGUUAGCUCUCGAUAACAAUACCAAUAAAUCAUCCAGUAUUGAA